ACAGCAUCUUGACAACCUAUUUAAACCAAUUUGCAGUAACAGGCAACAAAGUAUUAUUCCCUGACAGGCUAAGUCCUUGAGCCUCUGCAGACUGUGGAAAAGGGAAUCUUCAGCUGAAAGAGUCAAGAACCAGGGAGUCCCAGAGAGAGAGCUGCUUCUGACGACUCCUGGGACAGGGCCCUGUGUAGUGAGAGAUCUCCCAGGAUGGAUGUCACCCGCCUCUUCCUAGCUACCCUGCUGGUCUGCCUGUGCUUCCUCACUGCCUGCAGCCACCUAGCACCUGACGAAAAGCCCAGGGAUGAAGGAAGCCUGAGAAGCAACUCCUCCAAGAACCUGUUAGAUUUCCCUUCUGUCUCUAUUGUGGCACUGAACAAGAAAUCCAAGAAGAUCAGCAGAAAAGAAGCGGAAAAGAAGAAAAGCUCUUCCAAGAAAAAGGCUCCGACGAAGAAGGUGGCGCAGCCCCGGCCCCUGCUGCCCGCUCCCUGCGUGGCCACCCGCGACAGUUGCAAGCCUCCUGCUCCUGCCUGCGUGCUCAGCCCCACCUGUUGAGCGCUUCCACCUCAAGGUGGCGGGCGGGAUGGGGCAGGGAUUCCAGGGUUGGGGAUCGCCGGACCCAGAGGCCCUUCUGGGGCGGGCGAUCUCUAGCAGGUGUAGCUUGCAGGGACAGGGCGUGGGCGUGGCUACUGGCGUUGGGGAGGAACUUUCAGGAGGAGGGGUUUCAAGGAGACGUGGCUUGGGCUGGGCUAAAAUCCAAAUAUAUGUAGGCUGCUUGAA